GGGUUGGUAAAAGCAUACAAGUGCGUACAAGGGGAAGAGGGAAUCCAAUCGCAUGCGUAGUUGUUGAAUGUACUCCUUCCCCUAUAUAUUUUACAGCUAUAGUAAAAAAGUGUAACAAUUAUUGUAAACAAAAUGUUUGUUAUUUAAUUAUUGUAAACAAAGUGUUUCACUUUUUUAAAAAAUGGAGUAAUAAACUCUUCAUGGUUAAAUUAUCAACAUUGAAGUAUGCUGCUCUUUUUACAACAGUAGUAACAGUUGGUGGUUGUUCGUAUAUGUAUGUCAAAAUUCAAGAAAGAGUUGUUUUGUUUGGAGACUUCUACAAUAAAUCUAUUGAAGCUCUUAAAAAAGAUGACAAGCUGAGUAUGGCGUUAGGAGUUCCCCUAUAUCCUAUGUUUAUUGAUCUUUCAAGUAAAGAUAAUUUGAUGACAAACACAAAAAUAAAGUUGGCGAUUCCAGUUCGUGGUAGUAAAAACAAGGGUUUGCUACAUACAGAGUGUUCAAAAGAAGUAAUGGAAAAAACUUGGAGGAUUGACUCUCUUGUUCUUGAAGUAAAUAAAAAGUCUUUCAAUGUAAAAAUUCCGUCAGAAAAUGAGAUAGCCUUUGAUGAAAAUUUCAAAAAUAUUACAAAUGAUAACUAAAGAGUAUAUAUUUUAUAAUAUAGAAAACAGUGCAUAAAAUAUAUUGCUUGAAUUAGAA